AUGAUUGGUCAUGCUAUUAGACUGAAACGAAAAGUUGCACAAUCAAUAUUUAUGUUGAAUACAUUGAAAAAAAAUCGACGAAUGAUUUUACAAUUACUAGCCAUAAGUUUAAUGACUUUAAUAAAUUGGAUACCUUGGGUUGUUAUAAUAUUAGUACAAGAUUUUCAUGAUCCAUCAUUUGGUGAACAGUUCAUUAACAAUGUUGUUUAUUAUCUGCCAUAUUUUACAAGUUUUGCAUCACCAUUUUUGGCGUUGAUUGGUCUGCCAGAGAUCCGUGAAGAAUUAAAGAAAAUAAUCGGACAAUCCACGACUGCUCGACACAUAGUUGGUUCAACUAGGAUAUAA